AUGUGGGGACAUCUGUUGAUAGAAUCUCAAUAAUCUCAUUGGAAACUUUUUCUUUUUUCUUUUAAUGUUAUUGUUUCAAUUUCUUCGGUUCUUUUAUUUUAAAUUGUUCACUAAUUCUACUUUUAAUUAGUCUAAUUAGUUAUAGAGGGGAACAAAAAAGAAAGAUGAAAAGUGUCCAUUCCAAACGAAAUGAUUCAAAUCAUAGGAAGAAAACAGGUUUAGCUUUUUUCUCUAUGAAACUUGGACUGUUUUGUUUACUUCUCAUAAGUAGUACUAAUUGUGGUUAAUUGUGUUGUAAUACUGUGGAAACAAAUUUAAAUUAUAGGACGUUGAUUGCGUCGUUGGUCACGUGGUGAGAGAGAAAAAAAUCUCCUUUUUGUUAAUGAGGAAAUGAAAUAAUUCAAAAUUUCCCGAAAGAGCAACAACAAUAAUGGAAGUAAACAUUUUCUCUCCAUCAUUAUGAUUCCAUUAUUAUGGUUACCAUUUUCUUUUUUUCUUCAACUCAACUGAUUUACUAAUUAGUUACAUUUAAUGUGGAUCCAUGUGAUUGUUGAUUAACUGUUCCAAUUUAUUAGUACCCGUUUCUUUUCAAUCUAAAUGUGAACCAAGAAUAUUGUUGUUGAUACUUAUUGUUUAGUCUCUUGUUUUUGAGACUUGGAGACAAUUUUAGUGUUAAUCAUAUUUUUUUUUCUGUUUUUCAAUUGUCUCAAUUAACGUGAUGAAUUCAACUGUUUGUAACCAUUCACAUAAUUUUAACAACUCAUUAAGUCAACGAUGUUCAACCUGUGGAUUCACAAAGGGAGCUCAAAAUGAUAAUCAAAGGAUCGUUGGAUCUUCAUCUAAUUCAUUAGGAGUUUGUUUAUUAUCACCAUCAACAGUUAACGAAGUGUCUACUGAUUUAAUAAUAUUAUCAUCUGAAUCUUCAUCAUCAUCUCCAUCAACAGCUUCAACAACCAAGGCAUCAAUCAAUACGGUUGUUAACAAAAUGGCCGUUGCUAAAUCGGCCUCAAAUUCAUCGAUAAUCAAAUACAUUUACGAUCUUCCAUAUCAUGUUCGUAAAUCUCUAUGUGAUUUAUUGGAUGCUGAUGGAAGUUGGCGCCAAUUGGGUGGUCAGUAUAUGGAAAUUAAUGACACACAAUUAACUUUAAUCUCUCAUGCAAUCUUACGAAAUGGAUCACCAACUAAUGACCUACUGGUUCGUUGGGAACAAACUAAUGGUCAAGUACGAAAUUUAUUCAAAUACCUUCAUGAUAUGGGUCAUAGGAGAGCGAUGAUAAUCUUGGCUCCUCAUGUUGACCUUAAACUGCGACAAAUUUGCUUAGGAUCAUCUGAUGCUGAUGAUGAAGAUGAUUUAACUUUUUAUGGUAAAAAUAUUUUACCAAUUGGUGUCAAUAGUGUAAAUGAUAAUCAAUUACAAUCGAUAAACAAUGAUAUUGAUAAUAUGGGUAAUAAUUAUAUCGGUGCUGUUAGAAGUGCAACUAAUCAAUCCAGAGGAUUAAUUAACAAUGACAAUGAGAUUAAUGAAAAUAACACUAAUGGUCCUUUGGUAACUCAUCGUUAUAAUCCACCAGGUAAAUCAAAAGGUAUUGCAAUUGAAUCAAAUUAUCGUGAUGGUGAAAAAAGUCAUCAACAAAUUGCUGGAAAUGUUGGUAUUGUUGAUAAUGAUAAAAGGAUUCAUCAUCUUCACCAUCAUCAUCAUCCAACAGCACCAACACCAAGCUAUUCAAUGGAGCAGAAAAUUGUCAAUCAAGGUCGUUGGAAUGACCUGAGCGUUGAAAGUGCCGCAAUCGCCGCUGUACCAGUUAAUCCAGUGAGAGAAGAACCAUCAAAACAAAUUAAUUUACCAGCGAACGCAAAAAGAUCAAAUUAUCGAGACAAAAGUAUCUCCGUUACACCUUCGGUGACCUCGAACUCCGAAGACGAUUUUUUGGAAGGACUCGAAAUACCUUACAAGGAACUACUGAUUUCUACCGACGAUUUCAGUAAAGAUCGGAUAAUUGGUCGAGGUGGAUUCGGUGUCGUUUACAAGGGAAUCUGGAAAGGAACCGAAGUGGCCAUUAAAAAGCUAAAGAGCGUUAAUAGCAUGCAUCAGGCAAAGAUUGAACUUCGAGCUUUGAAUCAGUACAGAAUCGACAAUAUUUUACCGCUUUAUGGGAUAAGCUUAGAUGGACCCGAAGCUUGUCUACUGUACCAAUAUAUGCCGAAUGGUUCACUCGAAGAUAGAUUACUUUGUAAGGGAAAUACUUUCCCAUUAACAUGGGACCAACGAGCGUCCAUUGGUGAAGGUCUCGCUAAAGCGUUGAAUUUUUUACACACACUUCGAGGUAAACCAUUGGUCCAUGGGGAUGUGAAAAGUGCUAAUGUGCUACUCGAUUCUCAAUAUCAAUGUAAACUUGGUGAUUUUGGACUCGCUCGACAAAUUAUGUCCUCUAAAAGUGGAGGUAAUUAUACUCAUCUAACGGUGACCUCUGUUCACGGUACUUGUGUUUAUUUGCCUCCGGAGUAUUUGAGAAACAAAAUGUUGAGUCCCGCAGUCGAUGUGUUCAGUUAUGGUAUCGUUAUGCUGGAAAUGGCAACUGGUCGAAGGGCUUAUGAUGGUAAACGAUUACUUCUUGAAUUGGUCCAGGAAGAAUUCGCAGCUUCGCAAUUAGAUGAAUCAAGGAAAGAUUGUAUUCGAUUGAAAGAUCCUCGAAUGGGUUUGACUGUUGAAGAAAACCAUUGGUUCACUAAUUUAAUUAGAUUGGGUCUCGAUUGUGCCAAUAAGAUGAUCAAAAAACGUCCACUUAUGGGUCAAGUCUUGGAAUAUUAUGAUCAGACUAAAACUCGUGAAAGAAUCCGAAGGUUAAGCGCUGGAUCGGCCAAUGGUGGUUCCUCCAUAAUCUCUGAGUUGAAAACUCCUCUUGAAUUGAAACUUUAUUACGAAAUGACUCGAGAAACUAAUCAACAAUUAGAGGAAAAUAAUCAUCAACAACCAACCGGAUCAACUGUUUAUCCAAUUGAAAAUUCAACUGAUAGAUCAACAGUUUUUUCAUCCGUUCGCCAAACCGUUUCAUCAGUUGGUUAUAAUGAUUUGGCUCAAGAAGACGUUUCAAUCCAACAUCAUGACACUGGAAACGAGAUAAUACCUUUACUUACUGAGUUAGGUAUUGGUGAUGAAAAUACAAUCAAUGCAUCUUCAGAAAAUUAUUAAGAUUUAAUUUGAAUGUUUG